GCAGUGAGUGGCGAUCCAACAUUGGAAACCAGGUUAUUACAUACAUUAACCACUAAUAAAUCCGCAUAUCUUAGAUUUGGGGCUACGGGCUACGUCUUCCCCUGCCUUGCCAGGCUGCCAGCACGAAGGGAUUUUAAUUUCUUUGGAAGUCACGCAGAAUACCUUAAGACCUGCUGUGUGUUUUAGGCCGCGCCCGGUUUAUUUGGAGAUUCGAUUUUUCCUUCCCGCAGCUGCAUAUAAUCUCAACCCACCUAUCGAGCUACCCUGCAUCAUCAUUGACAUAAGUGAUAUCCAAGACGCCAAAAAGUCCAACACCAAAGCAAUCCGAAGCAAUGGCUGGAGGGGAUAGCCGCGGCACCAUCGCCUUCUCUUCUGGCAGGCCGCUAAUGCCAUUCGACAUCUUCGCCUGCCCCGUAUCGGCGAGAGAUAGCAGUGACGAGGUCCACCUCACCGACGGCAUCUCCCACAACUACAACUGCCGACCCAUCCCUCCGGCGGCGCUCAAGACCCUCCUAAAGCGCCCCAAGCUGGUCGCCGAGGUCGGCGCGACCGAGGCUGAUGUCGACGGUGGCCAAGUGUGCGGCUUCGUCUUCGUCUCCGAGAGGGAUGACGGCCUUGAGACUCUCUACGUGGCCCUUCACUUGGGUGCAGUUGGCGAGACGCCGCCGAAGGUGUUCUCCAUGGCUGAAAUCUUCGGGCCUGAGGAUUUCAGCGGCGCCCGGCUGGAGGACAGCGGCUGCUUCGCCGGAGGGUACACGGUGGGGUCGCACACCGUCGACCACUGCAUCGUCUACGUCUCCACCAAGGAGCCGGCCGGAGAACGUCGCAGCCCCUGGACGGCCGUGUACAAGACCAGCCUUCGAACAGGCAAGACGGAUCGCCUCACACCACAAGGAGUUUCUGAUCUGAGUCCGGUCGUGUCGCCUUCAGGAAGAUUCAUUGCAGUGGCGUCUUUUCAGAGGAAGAAUUGGUAUGGGGAGAUCGACAAACUCGACACUGACAUCUAUGUCAUGGACGUGGACAGUGAGGGUACAGCCACGGGGCGGGGGCGCAGGCUCGUCAUCACCGACGGCGGCUGGCCGUCGUGGGGAAGCGAUGAUGUCAUCUUCUUCCACCGAGGGGUCCGCCAAGAAAACCGUUUCGAAGCACAUUGGGGUGUUUUUCGGUACUGUAUGACCACUGAACAGAUCAUCCGAGUCACGCCAGAGGAUAUUGACGCCAUGACUCCAGCAGCCAUUAGCGAGACCAAGCUGGCUGUGGCCACCGUCCGCCAGAAAUCCAAUCCGUGGAUCCUGAUGCUCCCGGAGCAAUACCGGCACAUUGAGAUCUUCGACAUGACCAAAGACCUAGAUAGACCGGCGCGGAUCACCAUAAACAUCAGGCCAAAGGGCCACCACUUCAACCCCUUCGUGCUUGACGGCGGCAGCCGUAUCGGGUACCACCGCUGCAUAAUAAAACAACUCCUUUUUGAGGGCAAUGGACAUAUUGUUCCCAGAAGUAACUUCGAGGUUGCGAAGCUGCAGACCCCGGAGUCGCACAAGGAUAUCGACCUGAUCAGCAUGUUCGCCCUGUACCCAAGCAUAUCCAAGGACGGCUCCAUGCUCGCCUUUAUUGACCGCGAGUGUAGGGCCGUUUGGCUUGCCGACAACAAUGGUCUGCGCCUCAUCUACCAGAAGACGCGUGGUCAGAACAGCCUCUUCGCCGUAUCGUGGAAUCAAAACCCAAACAAGGACACACUGUACGUCUGUGUUGGGGCGAACUACAGAUUCGACAGGGCGGUGGAGAUCUACGCCAUCCUCAACGCGUCCAAGCCCAGAGCACAGCGGCGUGUCCAGCAGCUCACCGCAGGAGGUUUCAACAAUUCUUUCCCGUCCAGCAGCCCGGAUGGGAACAAGUUGGUGUUCGCCUCGACAAGGUAUACAGGAGACAAGGGUGAAUACUUCAGGCAGUACAAGAACCUGUUCGCCUCGACAAGGAAUACAGGAGACAACGGGGAAUACUACAAGAACCUGUACAUCAUGGAGGACGCAGAGAUAGGGGAGUUUGGGGACAGCGAUCUCACGCGUCUCACCUAUGGGCCGUGGACCGACAUCCACUGCCAGUGGUCCCCCAACGGGGACUGGAUCGUCUUCUCCUCGUCGCGCGACAGGCCCAGCGAUGCGCCGGUGCGUGACAUCCUUGACGAAGGGUACUACGCCGUGUUCUUGGUGAAGGCGACUGACCCGACAGUGGUCGUUAGGGUGAUAAAGAGCAGUGACGACCUCCGGGGGCAUGUGCAGUUCCCGGUAUUCAGUGCAGACGGGAGGAGCAUCGCUGUGGCGGCGGAUCUCGCGGCGGUGUCGGCCGAGCCGAUCUCGCUACCGCGGAUCAUUGAAGGGCUGCGCUGCUACCACGACAUUUUCGUGGUAGACAUCGACACGGAGGACCUGACAAAGAACAAGGACGUGAGGCGGUUCCACCGCAUCACGCACAGCCGCUACCAGUGCUCAAUGUUUUCGUGGACGGCGAUCGCGACAGAUAAUCAAAAGGCGCACUGGAACAUGUUGCUGCCUACUUUCCGUCAAUUUGAGCCUAUCGGAAACCUCUCUAUCCCCAGGAGAUUCGCCUGUUAGUCUCACAACAAAUAAACAUAGCGGCAGCCUAGUGCCCAAGUUAACAAUGCUGCUGUGUUGAGGAAGAACAUCCAUAUAUCUUCUUGCUUCUUUGAGAAUUGUGUACUACUAUUGUAUUUGCUGGAUGCAAGGUUAAUUCCUUUGA